AUGGUGCAGAUGAUGGAGUCGCAGUGCGAGUACUUCAUGUACUUCCCGGCGGUGCCCAUCACCGACCUGUCGGACCCGGCGCGCUACCGCACGCUGCCCCGCCGGAGCCACCUGUACCUGGGCGAGACGGUCCGCUUCCUCCUGGUGCUGCGCUGCAGGGACGCGGGCGCGACGCCGCCCGAGCCCGGGCCCGCGGCGGCCGGCGGCUUCGGGACGGAGUCGGCCGGCGGCCGGGCGUGGCGGGAGCUGGCCGGCUCUCUGUGCGCCGUGGCCAGCGUGAGUCCGGGGGACGGCGGCCGCCACCGAGGCCACCAUCACCACGGCUACGGGGGCGGGGCCGACGAGGACGGCGAGGAGGACUACACGGCGGCGGCGGAGGCGGCCAUCGCGGCGCUCGGCAGCCGGGUGGACUCGCGCUGCCGCAGCUUCAGGCUCUGCAGACCGCUGCUCAUCCACAACAGCUCCGGCACCGCGGCCAGGGAGCGCCGCAGGGCGCCGGUCCAGUCUCCUCUGGACCAGCCCGUGGUCCUGACCGAUGAGGUCAUCUUCCCUCUCACCGUGUCCCUGGACAAGCUGCCCGUCAGCACCCUGAAGGUCAAGGUGAUGGUGACGGUGUGGAAGAAGGAGGCGGAGAAAGCGGAGGUGCAGGAGCUCGGCUACCUGAGCGUCCUGCAGCAGAGAGAGCCGACACACACCUUCAGACACGACCUGAACACCUUCAAGGCUCAGGUGAGCACCACCCUCACCGUCCUGCCCCCGCCCGCCGUCCGCUGUAAGCAGAUGACCGUCUCCGGGAGGCACCUCGCCGUGCUCAAAGUGCUCAACGAGUCUUCGCAGGAGGAGCUGAGUGUCCGGGACGUCCGGAUCCUCCCGAACCUGAACGCCUCGUACCUCCCCGUGAUGCCCGACGGCUCCGUGCUGCUGGUGGACAACGUGUGGUGCGUUGUCCACCAGUCGGGGGAGGUUGGUAUGGCGUCUUUCUGCCGGGUGGAGAGCCCCGCCUCCCGCCUUCCCAGCAUGCUCAGCGCCUUGGAGGAGCACGACUUCCUGUUCCAGCUGCACCUCAACGACAUGCCGCAAGACGACUCCAACGAGGGGCUGGAGGUUCCCCUGGUCGCUGUGCUGCAGUGGUCGACUCCCAAGAUGCCGUUCACCAACUGCAUCUACACCCACUACAGGUUGCCGAGCAUCCGGUUGGACGAGCCUCGCUUCGUCAUGACGGCCAGCUGCCCGAGCACCGUGAAGGUCAAGGAACACUUCAAGGUCAAAUAUGUUCUGCUCAACAACCUGCAGGACUUCCUGGCCGUGCGGCUCGUCUGGACUCCAGAGGGCCGCGGUCAGACCGACGACUCGGCGCUGGCGGCCGUGGUGUGCCACUCCCCCCUCAGCAACCUGGGCCAGUGUCGUCGGGGCAGCACCGUGUCCUUCAGGGUGGCGUUCCAGAUCCUCAAACCGGGACUCUACGAGCUGAGUCAACACAUGAAGCUGAAGCUGCAGUUCACGGCCUCCGUGGCCAACCCGCCGGCCGACGCCCGGCCGCUGUCACGUAAGAACAGCCCGUCCAGCCCGGCGUUCCGAGACCUGCUGGACCGGCACCAGGCCAGUCUGGGCCGGUCCCAGUCCUUCUCCCACCAGCAGCCGUCUCGCUCCCACAUCAUGAGGACGGGCAGUGCCAUGGAGCGGCGGGCCAUCACCCCCCCCGUGGGCUCCCCGGUGGGCCGGCCCCUCUACCUGCCGCCGCAGGACAAGUCGCUGCUGUCGCUGGACAAGAUCGCCAAGAGGGAGUGUAAGGUCCUGGUGGUGGACGGCUAGGAGGGAGGAGGCAAGGACAGAGGAGGGAGGGAGCAGUGAGGACAUGCUUCCAGACAAUUACUUCACAAAGAUCUUCUCCGUGAACAGGAUGCCUCCAGAGGAGGAGGAGUCUGUUAACAGCAGAUCAAUAACUCCCGAUCAGGUGAACAGUGUUACUACAGCUCGGGGGCGUGGCCACUGAGCAGCACCCGCUGCUGCAUUUAGAGCCUCUUGUGGACAACACGAGUAUUACAAGCUUUUAUUUAUUCAGCUGUUCUUAAACAGAAGAAACUAUUCAGAUCACCUGGUUUGUGUUUUGACCUCUGUGAGCUUCCGUAGUCUCAAUACCGCCAAUGUAUUUCAACACUCAAGAAACAAUGUGACCUUCAAUAAACAAAGGUCACAUUGUUUCUCUAAAGUCACAUUGUUUCUUGAAGGUCACAUUGUUUCUCUAAGGUCACAUUGUUUCUUGAAGGUCACAUUGUUUCUCUAAGGUCACAUUGUUUCUUGAAGGUCACAUUGUUUCUCUAAGGUCACAUUGUUUCUCUAAGGUCAUUGUUUCUUGAAGGUCACAUUGUUUCUCUAAGGUCACAUUGUUUCUUGAAGGUCACAUUGUUUCUCUAAGGUCACAUUGUUUCUUGAAGGUCACAUUGUUUCUCUAAGAUCACAUUGUUUCUCUAAGGUCACAUUGUUUCUUGAAGGUCACAUUGUUUCUCUAAGGUCACAUUGUUUCUCUAAGGUCACAUUGUUUCUCGAAGGUCACAUUGUUUCUCUAAGAUCACAUUGUUUCUCUAAGGUCACAUUGUUUCUUGAAGGUCACAUUGUUUCUCUAAGGUCACAUUGUUUCUCUAAGAUCACAUUGUUUCUCUAAGGUCAUUGUUUCUUGAAGGUCACAUUGUUUCUCUAAGGUCACAUUGUUUCUUGAAGGUCACAUUGUUUCUCUAAGGUCACAUUGUUUCUUGAAGGUCACAUUGUUUCUCUAAGAUCACAUUGUUUCUCUAAGGUCACAUUGUUUCUUGAAGGUCACAUUGUUUCUCUAAGGUCACAUUGUUUCUUUAAUGCAGCAUUCAUUGUACCGUUGUCAUCGCGACAUUGUGGUGCCACAUUGUGUAAUAAUCUGUAUAUAAAUAGUCGAUGCAGAUCUUUUGUUUGAUCUUUUCAUGAAUUUAACUUAUUUUGACGUUACAUGUCUCAUUCUUUCAAAUUGAAUUAAAGCUUCAGAAUCGCUCCGCGUCAUGUGACGAGGAGCGGACCAAU